AUAUCUACUAUGUCAUGUGAUCCAUUACACACCCAAGGAGGUCCAGUCACGCGAGCUAGAGCUAAGAAGAUGCGUGAAGCUUUAAAUGACCUUAUUGAGCAGAUCUGGGUUGAAAACAACAUACAACAAGCAAAUCAAAGCUUGGAUGAUUAUCAAGGCAUGAUAAACAUCAUUCAAGUUCAAGAGAAGCUUAAUUGAGGUCAUUUAUGGAGAGUAAUACAUGAUGGCUUCAAAAAUCGCUAUUCGUUCAUCAUGAAAGGGAAAACAAUUACUCUUGCACCAUUGAGUCCAAGGCAGGUUUAUAAGGAUCAACUAAGAGUAAAAAAAGAGAGUGAGCUGAGAAAUGAGAGUGAGCUUGAGGGUAUGAAAAAUAAAGAGAAAACAGUAGAAAAAGAGUCCAAAAAGAGAGAAAAGAUUGAGAGUGUUGAAAACAAAGAGAGAAAAUCAGUGAGUGUUUAUGCAAAAGAAAGUGAUGUCAAGGUUGCGUUCUUUGCAAACCAGCCUAUGUUUGUGCUUCUGUAUAAAGAUGCUUAUUUCAACACUAACAAACUUAAUGAUUCUUUGCCUAGUGUUGUUAAAUCUCUUUUGCAAGACUUCAAGGAUGUGUUUCCAGAUGAUGUUUCUAAUGGUUUACCACCAAUAAGAGGAAUCGAGCAUCACAUUGACUUCAUUCCUGGUGCAACAAUUCCAAACCAACCAGCAUAUCGAAGCAAUCCCAAUGAGAUGAAAGAACUUCAAAGGCAGGUCAAAGAACUCAUGAAAAAGGAACAUGUGAGAGAAAGCAUGAGUCCAUGUGCAGUUCUAGUGCUACUUGUGCCUAAGAAGGAUGGGACUUGGCGUAUGUGCGUUGAUUGUCGCGCAGUCAACAAAAUCACUGUAAAGUAUCGUCACCCUAUUCCUAGAUUAGAUGACAUGUUAGAUGAGUUGCAUGGUUCUUGCAUAUUCUCUAAAAUUGAUUUAAAGAGUGGAUAUCAUCAGAUUAGGAUGAAAGAGAUGAAGGGAAAACAACCUUUAAAACGAAACAUGGUUUAUAUGAGUGGUUGGUUAUGCCAUUUGGAUUAACUAAUGCGCCUAGUACAUUCAUGCGAUUAAUGAAUCAUGUUUUGCGUGCUUUCAUUGGCAAAUUUGUGGUUGUUUAUUUUGAUGAUAUUCUGAUAUGUAGCAAGAAUUUAAUUGAACAUAUUGAGCAUGUGCGAAUGGUACUAGAGGUGUUGAGAAAAGAAAAGUUGUUUGCUAAC